AUGGCACCUCACAAUAUUCCUAUAUUCGAUGCUGAGGUAUUGCUGAAAUGUCAGAAUACCCUAGGAGAAGGCGUGGUAUGGGACUCGAAAACUCAGCUCUUACAUUGGGUAGAUAUAUUCGCAUCUACGCUUCAUUCGUACAACCCCUCGACAGGUGCACACUCAAUCGACAAGUACCCAUCCAAAUGUCUAACUUACAUCACACCUCGUACUUCCAACAAAGGAUUCCUCGGAACCUUCGAGGGGUCUUUGAUGGAAUUACCUGAACCUACCACCCCGACCGAGGUCACCCCCAAACCUACGAUCAACCAAAAACAACCAACGAAAGUCAUAUCUGAACCGUUGAACGAGGGGUUAGUGAAAGACGAAACGAUACGUUUCAAUGAUGGUGGUGUUGAUCCGAAGGGAAGGGUAUUUGUAGGUAGUAUGGGGCAGGAUGAGACUGCUGAGGUUUAUCCCGGGGAACUAUGGAGAUAUGAUCUAGAUGGUACGAAGACUAAGAUCCUCGAACAAGUGGGAGUAUCAAACGGACUUGGUUUUUCACCCGAUGGGAAAUUGAUGUACUACAUCGACUCACGCAAAGAUCAGAUUGACGUGUUCGACUAUGACCUCUCAACCGGAACCCCAUCCAAUCGUAGAGUAUUCGCUUCCUCCCCUCCUGCGUUGGACGACGAGCACCCGACUGAAGGGGUGUACGAUGGACUAUGCUUAGAUGGCGUAGGGAACGUGUGGGUCGCGAGAUGGAGGAAUGGUAGAGUGGUCGGGAUCAAUCCUCAGGGGGAGAUCAUAGCGAUGAUUAGGGUGGAUGGAAGUAAUGGUGCUACUAUACCUUGUUUCGGAGGACCAAAUCUCGAAACCAUGUAUAUCACUACAGCAUCAUCAAGCCAGGGUGGGCCAGGCGAUUCUGCCAAAUACCCAAACUCAGGUGAUUUGUAUUCUAUCGAUUUCGGACCUGACUCACCGAUACGAAAAGUUUUGGGUGAAGGUUGGAAAGGUGCCGAGAGGUACAGAGCGGGUAUCUAA